UUACUGUCGGAGGUAAAUUAAACUUAGCAACACCGAAACAAAAAUGGCGUCGGUGUAAAAGCAAAUAAUUUGGUUUUAACCAUAUAACUGUUAGUAUACAUAAUACAGACUCGGCGACUCGGGAAGGAUAUUUAUCUCAAUAAGAAAAUGAAGACACAGCCAGUGCAGCGAGGGGAGGAACCUCCCAUGUUCCUCCAGCGGCCAUCCACAGGAAAAUCACAAGAUGUCCGCCAUAUACUAGCAAAGACUUUUCGGGAACUGUACACUAGGGACGCCAUUGGGGCAGAUACUGUAGCAAAUCUGGGUGUUUCAAAACAUGGCGAUGAUCCUUACCAUGAACGUUAUGUGGAAGCGCUGCAAAAAGUAUUUGAGGAGCGGCAGCGACGUUUAGAAGAAGCUUCUAAACUUGAGCGUCACAUCAUGCAAGCACAGGCCAGAGCCAUGUCAGCAGAUGAGCGCCAGCUCAACAGAGUCACAAAGAGCUGUGACAACUACUCGGAGCUGGGACUUCCACCUGGUCGUUCUUAUUUCCGAUCCUGCAUUGACUCUGAUUUGUUGAAGAAACACAAACUGCUGUCCCCAGAGGAUUACGCCACAGAGGAACAAUUAACAGUGCCUCUACCACAUGGUCCUAAAGUGCCAAGCUAUGCACGUGAGACUGUGUCAUCGCAGCAACGGACUCGUCCCUUUGACCAGGAAGAGGAAACACCCCAGCCACUUAUCUUUAACAGUCGAACUGAUCUUGUCCACCAAAGUUAUGUGUCGGACAGUAUCAAUGUGGAGCAGGAAAUUCUGGAGUCUGAGGCUGCCUCCUCUAUCACAGAAUCGGAUUUGUUUCCGAAGAGAGGGGGAUGGAAAAUCCACAUGAGUGAGGCUCAGCGGGAAGUUGAUAGAAAAGACCUUGCAAAUCUUCAGGCACGUGUGAAUUAUAUGCGUAAUCCAAGAUUUGUACCACCAUCGGCACCACCUGGUGGAAAAUCUCUUGUAAUGCCAUCACGUCCAAAACCAAAGGAAUUCGGCAUACAAAGUAAACCUGAUACCGGGAGACCAAAGGAACCAUCUGUUGUAUUCUUGGUGUCCCCACCAAUAGUUAAAUUCUCUGACUACAAAGUUGGUCAGGUUUAUGAGUUGACAUUGGAGCUGAAGAACGUGUCGGCUGUGAUGAGGCAGUGUACCAUUCUACCAACAACCACACAAUUCUUCUCUGUUGGACUGGGUCAGUUCCCAGGCGAGCAUGGCCUGGUAGCCCCAGGGAUGAGUUGUCACUAUGCAAUCAGGUUUGCACCAGACGCACUCAGGGACUUUGAUGAUGAGAUAAAGGUCCAGACUCUGUCUUCUAACUCUAUCUCUGUCCCCCUACAAGGUCGCAGACAGCCUCCAAGAUUGACAUUGCCACCAGUCCUGGACGUAGGAUACUGUCUGGUCGGAGGCUGCCAUGUUGUACAGUUCAUUGUGAAGAACGUUGGUGGCAAUGGCCGAUUCUGUAUACUGCCCAGAUCUUUGUGGCCAGCUACCAACUUCAAGUCAGUUGUCAGGAAUGGAAGUGUACAUAUUCAGCCCUUUGAGAUUCGUCCAUCUGUUCUGGAAUUGAUGAAGGGGGAGAGUGGGGUGAUUGAAAUUAUUUUCACGCCUCCAUCUGUGAAGAGUUACAGCCAGGAUGUCACUCUUGUCUGUGACAAUUGUCAUGUCAAACACUUCACCAUUAAAGGUGUCGCUCAGAGGGCUGGCGUGGAUCUUACCUUGGUGGAGCGAGGAGAAGGCAACAUCGCUCCCGGAGAGAUGACUGACAAUACUGCAGAACACAUGAUACGAUUUGAUGACCUAAACCCUUUCACAUACACAGAUCGUACAGUUGUGGUGAAAAAUUGCACAAACGUACAGAUGCCAUUCCAGUGGAUGAUUUACAAGCCUGAGAUGAAGGAAGAGGUUGACCUUGAAGGACAGAAAAAGGUCGUACGUGCCCAGGAUGUUGACUCCGUGUUCAGUGUACAUCCUCCAACAGGCAAUCUACCACCAGCCGGAGACAUUGAGUUCCGUGUCACGUUCGCACCACCAUUGGUGAAUGAGUUCCACAGUGUUUUACACAUGAUACUGAAGCAGAUCCCUCAGUAUGAGGAAGGAGAUUCGGCCAAACUUCGUAAUCGGGAUAGACGCGCCCUCCGUGAGAAGUCAAACCUCAGUGAUAGCGGGGAUGAGGAAGAUGAGGAAGAAGAACCCACAGAAAUCUUUCCUCCGUCAAGUGGUGUGAGACGACUGCGGGACCUUACUGCUAUGGAGAUAGAGGUCAAAGGUAACAGUGUGCCCUUGAAUGUGGUGCUUCACCCCUACGCUGUGUUCGUCCCGGGUCGCAGCCUUAUGGAGACCACCAUCAAGAAAAGAGUAACAAUGGCCAAUCACAGUCGCUCUACAAUCACCUUCCAAUGGCAGCCAUACAGCGAGGGCUAUAUACUGGAGAUGGAGCCACCGUUUGGUGAACUAGAUCCUGGGAUGGCCAUGGACCUGGAGCUGGGUAUCACUGGGGCCAUGCCAGGCAAGAUCAACCAUACCCUCUACUGUCACGUGAUGAACAUGACUGAGCCCCUCCAUCUCCAUGUGGAAGCUGAGUUUAAGGGUCCAGAACUGAUGAUCGAGGAGCCAGAUGUCAGCUUCGGCCUUGUUUGUCUGGGUAGUCAGGCCACCAAGCAGAUCACACUGACAAACCUGGCACAAAUCAUUACCAAGUGGAGUAUCCAUGAUAGUCCGGAAUUCAUUGACCUGGACAACGGUGAUGAUCCCAGUGAAUUUGUUUUCACUCCGGCCAGUGGGGAGUUGUCUCCCCUGGAGCAAAAGACAAUCUCCAUAGAGUUGAUACCAACAGCGGUGAAGACCAUCAAGCGUGUGUUUACCGUCCAAGUGGUGGAUGGCAGUGAGUGUAACAUUGGUGCCACUGCCGAGGUACAGGAGCCGCGGGUGUGUCUAGCUUCCUGUGAAGUGUGUAUGGACGAUGUAUACAAAGGAGUACCAGUACUCUGUCAGGCCACCAUCAUCAACCAGACACUGAUACCCACCUCCUUCUCAUGGGGAAAGAUCCAGGGAGGUCAUGCUGAAGACUGUGUGGUGGAGCUUGACCCCCAGUGUGGUGAGCUGGCACCACGGGAGGAAAGGUCCAUAGAUAUCCGCUUCAUUGCCAACAGAGAGGGAGAGAUCUCGGAUGUCCGGAUACCCUGUGAAGUAGCCGGGAUGGAACAGCUAUUGUUUUUGGGUUUGUUCUGUGAUGCUAAAGGUCUAUCUGUCACUUACAAGACCUCAGCCUUGGGACAACUAUCAAGUGAGUACUUUGAAGAUGUUUGCCUGGACUUUGAGGAGAAGGUGGACCUUGGUUCUACACCUAAAGUCUACCUACACAUCCAGAAUUUGUCUGGGAUCACAGCCCCAUACAGUCUCCACAUGGAACACUUCAUGGCCAAGCCACCAACCCCACCGGGCAACAAGGAUCCCAACACCUCAAGGAGCCAGCAGAGGAGGGUGAUGUUGAGUCGGACACCCAACCUGGCAGAUCCUCUCAGUAAGACACAGUCUAAGGCACAGCAGGAUUUAUGUAAAGCUAUGCUAUCACUAGGCCUUGGUGCCUCUUUCGUGCCCACCCCUGCAUCUGGGGUUUUACAGCCAUUCGGGGAGCAGAUUAUAGAGCUCGGAGCUUACUCUGAUAUGUGGGGCCUCUAUACUGACAACUUAAUGUGUAAAAUUGGAGACCUGGAGGUGUCAGCCAUACCGGUCAAGAUGAACGUUGUCGGAUGUCCACUUAGCUUCCAGAUGACGGCGGCGAAACCGGACCAAAAGCCCAUCGUGAGGUUUGGGACACACGUAUCAGGAGUGGCCGCCACUAGUCGCACCAUGAGAAUCAACAACACUAGUCCACUGGAUAUCCGCCUUGAUUGGCAGUUAUUUAACUUGGAGGAGGACGACACAAAAUUACUGGAUUUCAUUGUGGGCUUUGGUGAUGCCUUUCCUAAACGUGAUGAAAAUGGCAAGGAAGUCAUUCCACCAUGGAAAAAUGAGAAGCAAACUGUUGUGCCCGAGAUGCCAAAGAGGAUGCCUACAGAGUUUAUACCCAAUUCUCCCGACACCCUGCCUCCUCUGACAAGGGAGGUAACUCGAGUGAUCAGCACACCUACAGCACCUGCAGCCCCAGUUGUAGAGCCAGUCCCUAUAGAACCCCUCAUGAAGUUUGCGUCAGUUUUUGUCCGCUCACAUGAAGGUGUUCCCUGUGAAUCUCCAUACAAUAUCAAAAACAAACAAAUGAUGAUUCCAGCUAGAGGAAAUGCCAGUGUCAGUGUUAACUUUACCCCAUUCCCAACAGGCCAGGUGUCUGAGGAAACGGACUGCACUGGAUACGCUAUGGGAUUCAUGAGCCUGGACAAUAAUAAAGCAUGUACAGAAAACAAAGUGAGUCGUCUCCAGGGUUAUAACAUGUCCAAUCUGAGACUUGACAUGACUGCUCACCUCAAACCAGCACUACUGAAUAUUGAGCCUACCGAUGAAGAGGGCAUGAGGUACCGAUCAGCCAUGAGUGAUCUCCUCCUGGAAGGGGGCAGGACAAAAGAGGAGAGCUCCAAGGUAUGUAGUGCUGUCCUGGCCAACCACACAGAAACGCCCCUCACCUUUAAACUCAUUACCAAGCCUCCGUUUGUACUGGUGGACCUCAACCCCUCCACCAACCGCGCUGGUGCCACAUCCAUCCAGGAGACUGAGAUGCAGACCUUACGGCCCCAACACAACUUGUUGGUAAAGGUCGCUUUCCAAACAUCCACUGACCUCCUUGAUCUUGGAGAGGAAACAGAGGAAAAUGGUGAAUCAGACGAAGUAACGAGAAACCAGAAGAUUGAGAUCAACGACCACCUAACGGUUGAAUUUAACAACUCUGCAGUACAGAAAGUACCUCUCUAUGCUACCCUGUCUGUGCCUCAAAUACAGCUGUCCAAGCAAGAGCUCGACUUUGGGACCUGUCUUGUUGGUCAACAGCGGGAACUCCAGCUUCUCAUCUCCAACGUGACAGCAUCACACAGCUUCUGGACCGUAGAGACAGAAUCCAUGUUGCCUGGUUGCAGUCAGGACACAUUCCUGAUUACACCCUCUAGUGGCCAGCUAGAGGCACACAUCACCCAUAUCAGUGACAGCAAGACUCUCCUCCAUGUUUUCUUCACUGCAAAACAUGCAGAAUACUAUGAGGCUAUGUUUGUUUUCAAAGGCGUGCUGGGAGAAACGCCCCAGAGACUGGCCAUCAAGGGUCAAGGAUCGUAUGAUGGCCGUUUUGAGGCCAUUCUUAACGUAUGAUUUAGCCUGUGCUAUUAUUGAUAGGAUGUACUGUGAUACAAGAUGACUUUGACGUUGUUUUUUGAUAACUUUGAUUUUCAUGAAUUGACAUUAUUCAUGUUAAGUUUUGGUUUAAAUGUGAGAAGUAGAAUUUUAUUCACAUCCGUCCAAAAUAUUUUAUACCUUUUUUGACAUACAAGAUAUUUAAAAAGCGUUUUCAGCAUCUAUGGAUGACCUUGUGCAUUUGACACUCUUUUGUCGCUUGAAAUUAACUACUGGAAAUCACUUGAUAGGAUAGCUAUCAGGAAUUACUGGAAAUCACUUGAUAGGAUAGCUAUCAGGAAUUACUGGAAAUCACUUGAUAGGAUAGCUAUCAGGAAUCACUGGAAAUCACUUGAUAGGAUAGCUAUCAGGAAUUACUGGAAAUCACUUGAUAGGAUAGCUAUCAGGAAUUACUGGAAAUCUUCAUUAUUAAUUCCAUAGAUAUUAACUAUAAAUAUUGAAAUAGCAUCCUCCACUGUGAAUUAAAGUAUAGUGAAUAAGACCUACAGGUAUAGGUCGCAGAAUAUUUUAAAAAUAAAGUGAUUAACAGUGUAGAAGAGAGCUGAUCUCACCCAUAUAUGUUCAUCAGUCGAAUGGUCUCUCAUCAUAUCCUAUUUUGUUUUCCCCAUUUUAUGUUGACCAAUUUCAGGUGAUUGGAUGAACUAUAAGAGUAUUUUGUUUGUAUGCUUUCCAAUAAAGCAACAUUACUAAAUUUGUUUUUAUUAUAUUUUACUUUUAAUCAAUAUGGACAAAGUGCUUGAAUGUUGAGGGAUGAGUAUCCUUACAU